ACUUCGUUUCCUGUUUAAUCAUAAUAAUUAUGGAUGUGUCACCCCUGGCAUUGGCCCGAGUGAUAAUACCUCAAAUUCCCAAUAUAAUCUGCGUUGCAUUCUUAGCACUCUUGCAUCUAUCCACGACGUCACCACUCCAGGACACCUUGACUCAAAUUCUUGUUGCAAUCACCAGACCAAUCCUCGGUACACCAGCAUGCAUCGCUCGUUCUCAGCGACAGACAAGAUUCGAUCUCCCCAUUCGAGGUCCUAUAUGGGUUUCCAAGGUGACUCUGCCAAGACCUACUGACGAAAACCUUCUGCUGGAACCAAAUGGGGCGAGGAGUGCGACUUUGUGUGUCAAGGAUGGUAAAGUCAUGGGUAUAAUGGAAGCAGUAAGGGCCGCUAUCAAGGUACUUGGGGAUGGGAGAGAGACCUUCACUGAGCCCGAGCUUGUCGAUGUAGAGGCGGAAUGGAAUGCGUUUAGGUCGAAUGCACGGUGGUGGAGUGCAAGACCGAAUAUUUCGGAACGAGAGCAGUACAACAAAAUGAUGGAGGACGUCGGUAACGAUGGACCAACCGUAUUGUACUUUCAUGGGGGUGCCUUCGUUCUGAUGGACCCUUCCACCCACCGUCUCUUCACUACCCGCCUUGCCUACUUGUCACGCUCCCGCUGCUUCAGCAUCCGCUUCCGCAUGGCCCCAGAACACCCCUUUCCAGCCUCUCUGUCGGAUUGUUUGGUGGCCUACCUAUAUCUCCUUUCUCCCUCCCCUUCCGCAUACCAUUCCCCUAUACCGGCAUCUCGUAUUGUCUUGGCUGGUGACUCGUCCGGCGCCGCGCUAGCCACAUCACUGACGCUCCUGCUACUCACGCUCAAGAAUAAACUCGACCUGACCCACCUCCGCUUCAACGGCAAGGUCGUUCCUCUUGCCCUACCGGCCGGCCUUGCGACCCUGCACCCGUACCUCGAUGUUGCGAGGUCGCUGCCCAGCGUGACAAGGAACUGCGAGUACGAUAUUAUCACACCCCCAGGAAAUUGGCCUUCACCAUUAUUCCCCGCUGAUGACUUGUGGCCAUCCAACCCGCCGCGUGUGGAAACUUAUUGUAACGCAGUCUCCGUCAUCCAUCCUCUCGUCAGCCCGGUGGCCGCGCCCAAAGAGUGCUGGCGUUCUUGUCCACCUGUCUACGUGGCCGUGGGGUGGGAGGCGCUACAAGAUGAGAUUUCCGUAUGGGCUAGACGGGUAUAUCAAGCUGAUGAUACCAAUGUCGUCGUUUUCGACGGUUAUAUGGGGCAGCCGCACUGUUUUCAAUUCUUGGCUCCGUGGACCUGUGUGAGCAAGAGGUGUUUCGGGAAUUGGGCUGGCUUUUGUCGUGGUGUUGUAGAAUGUGAAGGGGUGCAGCAGGCUGAGGAAAGCGGGAUAGACAUCACUACCACUGCUCUCAGUCAGGCAGUCGAGCACGGACUUGCGAACUCGAUAAAACACAGGGUUCAUUUUCUCAAGAGAAUUUUGGCCUCCUCCAAAUCAAGACCCCGGGCAAUGCCAAUCAAGCGAGUGCCGUAUGGAACAUGGGCAACUCGACACCUUCAGACCCAUCAUAUCAAGUUCGAAAACCUCGCCAUGGCCGACGAUCGCCGAGUUAACAUGACUAGAUGCGAUGAUGCGACCGUACAGCGCUGUCUCAAAGCGCAUAGGGACUGGCGCGUUCGUCUUGAGGAGCAGAUCCUCCUUGAAUGGAAUGACAUUGUUGGUUAUGCCAGUCACAACGAUGCAGACGAUGACCCUGAGAUCAGGAAGAAAGUGCAUACUAAGGAAAUUGAGUCGCGAGUGUGGAAAUGGUGGGAUAAGGUUGGGAAAGGCAUUACUUCAAAUCCAACUAUGUACGGGUAGAUGGAAGGUAGAUGUCUUACUUAAG